AUCCAAAAGAUAAGAGCCAGAGGAUUGACACGGUUGAAUGAUAUGUUUGAAGGUACGUUCGAUCCGAAUUAUCAAACACUGGCUGGUGUUGGUGGUGACGUCUUCGGAGCGGACAAGAAAGCUGCCGGAGGAGGAGGUGGAGGAGGUGGUGCUGGAGGAGGACCAGCAGCGCCUGCAAAUAAAGAUGCUAAAGCAGGCACCUUUGACCCCAAUUAUCAAACACUGGCUGGCGUCGGAGGCGAUGUGUUCGGUGAAGAUAAGAAAGCUAAAGGUGGUGGUGGUGGAGGCGGAGGCGCAAAUCCGAGAGCACCGGAUAAUAAAGAUGCAAAAGCGGGAACGUUUGAUCCAAAUUACCAGACAUUGGCUGGUGUGGGUGGUGAUGUAUUUGGCGCUGAUAAAAAAGCUGCUGGAGGAGGUGGCGGUGGGGGAGGUGCUGCAAAAGUACCCGAAAAUAAAGAUGCUAAAGCAGGAACAUUUGAUCCGAAUUAUCAGGCUAGUCAUGCAAUAUUCUAUUGUUUGGCUUCAAAAACAUUCAAAAGUUUUAGUCGUUCGAUGAUAAUGUGA